AUUUUGAACAAAAUAAUCGUCUGAUGUUAAGAGUAGAUCAUGAUGUACUAUGAUUACAACAUAUUUGUUCCGUCGUCAACUUGGAUCACCUCGUCUUAAGUUUGGCAGCAAAUCUAGUCGAGGACUACGACCGGAGUUGACUGAUGACGUCACAGCGAAGAGAUGUCUGGUGGAUAGGCAGUUCGAGUGGCUGAGGCCGACAGUAGAAAAUGAGCUGAGCCCAUUGAGUAGCUCUGCGAUCACCUGGAUUCAAAUUGAUCAGAGUGAGCAUCGCUAUCUGUUAGAAGGAAACGCAGACAGUUCUAUCUCUCUGUACGACUUGGAAAAAGUGAACCAACAAAAAGAACAUAUCAACCCUUUAGUUGUACUUUGCAAUGAAGUGCAGUACAGAAAAAGUAUUGUUACUCGUUCUAGUAGAGAGGAAAAAGGACUGUUUAAGUUGACUCAUGGGGCCCAAACGAGGAGUGUUUCUAGAGUUCAAUGGUGGCCCCUGGAUAAUGGAAUAUUCACAUCGAGUUCGCACGAUGGAUCACUUAACAUAUGGGACACGAAUGAACUCAGUGUUGUAUGCGACCAUACAUCGCCCAGUAGUGGCCUAAUGUAUGGCCAUGAAACGAACCCAUCGGGCACUGGGUUGAUCGCGCUGGCGACUGAAAAAGCGGGAAUAGUGUUGUUCGAUAUGCGAAGUGGCUCCUCGUUUCACAAGAUUGUGAGUAGAAAUUCGACCGGGGAUAGGAAUUGUCCCAUCAUGGAUGUGCAUUGGAGUCCAGGCAACGAAAGACAUCUGCUGAGCUGUAGUCAUGAAGACGGCCUCAAACUGUACGACAUUCGUAAAGGCAAAGUUAUUGUUAACUACAUCAAACCACCGCACCAAAAUAAAGAUUCAGCCAAAGAUAAACUUGCGCAGAGAAAGAAAGGCAAGAAGCAAUGGGAAGACAGAAUUGGAACAAACAAUUGUGAACCUGUUUCAUCUUUGUUUACCUCGGACGGAGGCGCUUCUGUUAUUUGUUUGUGUUCAGACAGCCGAUUGUUCCAGUUUGAUACGCCGACAGGAAAAUUGCGUGACGUCGCCGUUCUUCCGGCACCAACGGUACCUAGUCACUUUGCUUACAAAUUGUCAACCUCUCGGAUCUUUCCAUCGAGUUCUGUUUUCAUCCCGAAUGGAUCCAGUUCUCUAUUCAAAUACAACAUCCGGACAAGUUCUGUGGAAAAACUGGUGAAUGCCCAUUUCAAAGGGGUUUUGUGCUCUGAAGUUGACGAUUCGUCAAUGAGGUUGUUUAGCGGGUCGGCGAAAGGUGCCCAGCUUAUUACUUGGAAGAGUGUUCAAAAGGAGAGUCUAAUUUUGAACGAAAAUGAAGAUCUUAGUGAUUGGGAUACUUAGUGCUUAGAACACUUGUCUGGUUAUUCUUCGUCGAUUAUGUUAGAAUAUGUCAAAACCUAUUUAAAGAUUGAAGUUUUUUUCAUAGUCAUCGACAGAGUGAGCAAAUUUGGCGAAUGCGUAAAAUAUAAUAAUUAUUUGCCAUAUAAAGCUUUGAAAAAUAGAAGAGCUUGGUAUAAUCUUGAAUUGUGUAGGGAUAAAUUUUUUGAAAGUAAUGAACGCAGUGAAUACUCUUAAUAUAG